GGGGAGGGGGAGGGGAGGAAGAGGGAGGGGGCGGCAGCGCCCACCUGCCCGGGCUGGGGCAGUGACGAGAUGGCGGCGCACCUGUCUUACGGGCGGGUGAACUUGAACGUGCUGCGCGAGGCGGUGCGGAGGGAGCUGCGCGAGUUCCUGGACAAGUGCGCGGGCAGCAAGGCAAUAGUUUGGGAUGAAUACCUGACGGGACCUUUUGGAUUGAUUGCACAGUAUUCACUAUUGAAGGAACAUGAAGUGGAAAAAAUGUUCACACUUAAAGGAAGUCGUCUGCCUGCAGCGGAUGUCAAGAACAUUAUUUUUUUUGUCAGACCCAGGCUAGAAUUGAUGGAUAUAAUUGCUGAAAAUGUACUCAGUGAAGAUAGACGCUCCCCUGCAAGAGAUUUCCACAUUUUGUUUGUCCCUCGCCGGAGCUUGCUGUGUGAGCAGCGCUUGAAGGAUCAGGGUGUUCUGGGAUCCUUUCUUCAUAGAGAAGAGUACAGCCUCGACCUCAUUCCAUUUGAUGGUGACUUGUUAUCCAUGGAGUCCGAGAGUGCCUUCAAAGAGUGUUAUUUGGAGAAUGACCAGACAAGUCUGUACCACGCAGCAAAAGGACUAAUGACUUUGCAAGCCUUGUAUGGAACCAUCCCCCAGAUCUUCGGGAAGGGGGAGUGUGCGAGGCAAGUGGCCAAUAUGAUGAUCAGAAUGAAGAGGGAGUUCACUGGAAGCCAGAAUUCGAUAUUUCCUGUUUUUGAUACUCUCCUGCUGCUUGACCGGAAUGUAGACUUGUUAACUCCUCUGGCCACUCAGCUUACAUAUGAAGGACUCAUUGAUGAAAUUUAUGGCAUUCAAAAUAGUUAUGUGAAACUACCUCCAGAGAAGUUUGCUCCUAAGAAACAGGGGGAGAGUGGGAAGGAGCUGCCCACGGAAGCCAAGAAGCUUCAGCUCAAUUCUGCAGAGGAGCUCUAUGCUGAGAUCAGGGACAAAAACUUCAAUGCUGUGGGCUCGGUUCUGAGCAAGAAAGCCAAAAUCAUCUCAGCGGCAUUUGAGGAGCGGCACAAUGCAAAGACGGUUGGUGAGAUUAAGCAGUUUGUCUCGCAGCUGCCCCACAUGCAGGCCGCAAGAGGGUCCCUGGCCAACCACACCUCCAUUGCGGAGUUGAUCAAGGAUGUUACCACUUCUGAAGAUUUCUUUGAUAAGCUAACAGUGGAGCAAGAGUUUAUGUCUGGAAUAGACACCGAUAAGGUCAACAAUUACAUUGAGGACUGCAUCGCCCAAAAACAUCCAUUGAUCAAGAUCCUAAGGCUGGUUUGCCUUCAGUCUGUGUGCAACAGUGGGCUCAAGCAGAAAGUGUUAGAUUAUUACAAAAGAGAAAUUCUCCAGACAUAUGGCUACGAACACAUGCUGACCUUAAACAGUCUAGAACAAGCCGGACUGCUCAGACCUCAGGCGGGGGGUAGAAACAAUUACCCCACAAUCCGGAAAACCUUGCGGCUCUGGAUGGACGAUGUUAACGAGCAGAAUCCCAAUGACAUAUCCUAUGUCUACAGUGGCUAUGCGCCUCUCAGUGUCCGGUUAGCUCAGCUGCUCGCUCGGCCUGGAUGGAGAAGUAUUGAGGAAGUCCUGAAGAUGCUUCCAGGCCCCCAUUUUGAAGAACGGCAGCAGUUACCAGCAGGAUUGCAAAAGAAGCGUCAACAAGGAGAAAACAGAGUAACUUUGGUUUUUUUCCUGGGAGGUGUGACCUAUGCGGAAAUUGCUGCCCUGAGAUUUCUGUCUCAGAUGGAAGAUGGAGGUACAGAGUACGUCAUUGCUACCACUAAACUAAUGAACGGGACCAGCUGGAUAGAAUCUCUGAUGGAGAAGCCUUUCUAAGUCCAGAAUGCCAAGCCAUCUGUGGCCAGCUGCAGCAAGAGGCAGGACCUCCGGAAGAUGCCUCUCAGAAGCAGUUGCUAAAGGAAAGGGAAAAGUAAUGAAAUAAUGGCAGGAGGAUGCAGAGUUUACGAAAUUACUGUUUAUUUCCAGAUCUGCUUUUCUCCGGUGGGUUCUAGAGUCCCUGUCUAUCUCAGAAGGUGCAAGAAUAGCAGGAUAAUCAGCCUGGGUAAAAGAAACAAAAGACCCACAUGUUCUGGGUUUGGGAUCCUCAGUAGAGGCCCCAUGGAAUUGUAUCAGGGGGCUCAGUAUUGUUUGGUUUGGGCUGGCUCAAGCUCUGAGCCAGUGAGAAUGAAAUAAACAUGGAGACUCCAUCCCCUCA